UUCAGCCUCCGUAAUUCGAAUACCAAGGCUGGCUCAGCCCGCCCAGCGCCGAGCUCCGGGCCCAGCGCGCAGUACGCGCACCCACCCACCCACGCAGCCGCCAUGGGCAAGGACAAACAGCCCCGCGGCCAGCGAAGGCAGGGGGGGCCGUCGGCCACGAACGCCACCGGGCCCGACGACAUGGGGCCGAAGAAGGGCAAGGGGGCCCCCAAGGAGUGCGGGGAGGAGGAGGCCCGGACUUGCUGCGGUUGCCGGUUCCCGCUGCUGCUGGCCCUGCUGCAGCUGGCCUUAGGCAUCGCUGUGACCGUGGUGGGCUUUCUCAUGGCGAGCAUCAGCUCCUCCCUGCUAGUCAGAGACACUCCAUUUUGGGCUGGGAUCAUUGUCUGCCUAGUGGCCUAUCUCGGUUUGUUCAUGCUUUGUGUCUCGUAUCAAGUGGAUGAAAAGACAUGUAUCCAGUUUGCCAUGAAACUAUUGUACUUUUUGCUGAGUGCCCUCAGCUUGAUGGUCUGUGUGCUGGCCGCAGCGUUUGCCGCCCACCACUAUUCACAGCUCACACAGGUCACCUGCGGAACCGUGCUCAGCUCCUGCCACUGCAAGCUGCCCUCCUCGGAACCCCUCAGCAGGACCCUGGUGUACCGGGACGUGGCGGACUGUGCCAGCAUCACGGGCACUUUCAAACUGUUCUUACUCAUCCAGAUGAUUCUUAACUUGGUCUGUGGCCUUGUGUGCUUGCUGGCCUGCUUUGUGAUGUGGAAACACAGGUACCAGGUCUUUUAUGUGGGUGACAGGAUGUACUCCCUCACGACUUCCGAAGGCCAGCAGCAGAAGGUCUAACGUUCUUGCUGAAAGGGGGCAGAGCAAACCACACUGACUAGCUGAGGUUAAAAAAAAAAAGGAUGAAAAAGAAAAGAGAAAGGAGACAAGGAAGAAAGAAAAAAAACUGACAAUAAGUAAUAGUUACUAUUCUAAAUGAAUAUUUUUCUAUUUUUCAAGAAAUGAAAUAGCAUAUCUUCAUGUUUCUAUAGUAUUUUUUACAAAAUCUUACGAGAAAAAUAAGAUUCAAAUUGACUUUGGGAUAUUGAAAGGACAAGUCUUAGGACAGAAUUGCAUAGGUUUAUCUUUACAGUCUGGAGUUUAUUCCUAAUACUCAUUUUAUCCAUUACUUUUAUCAUCGUUCCUGUUAGUCUAGUUUGAGGGUGUGAAUUAGCAUCUCAGGCCCACUCGCUAAAUUCUGUGGACGCUUUUCCAGGCCCUCCCGCCUCCCACCAGGGCAUCCCCACCAUGUCUUGGAAGAGGCAGAAGGUGUGGAAAGAAUGGGACGGCCAAGUUGACUCUCUGUUUUCCUUGGUAGAGAUGUCUUCAAGCCAUGGAACAAGUUAGAGGAGCAGAAUAGAAAGGGAAGGGCCUUUGCAAAAGACUAAAUACUUAUGAGCACCUGGGCUGGGGCAGCGGCCUUUUCUCCUCCGCUCCCUUGGCUGGGCACAGAAUGUGGAUCACUUACCGAAUCUCUGGUGAUUGUCUGCGUCUCGGUAAUUGGAAGUUGGUGGUAGUAGUAUUCUUAAUGAUGUAGAAGGUUAAAAUAAUUACAUUAUGCUUCUGUUCUAUCAUCUAAAACAAAUCAUUAAAACCAAUUUCUAGCUAAUUGUUAAUUAUAAUUACGCUCAGAAGUCUAUUUAAUGAGCUCUGGUUGUACUUACGUGGCACAGUCAGUAUUAGGAGAUGUGACUCUCACAGAGAAGAGGCUUAAAAUGUUGUCUGUUCUGAAAGCUCAGCUUUACAAGGGAGAAAAAAAAUUUAUUAAUAGCUCAGGUUAAAUAUAUUCAUUUAAACAAAAACCAGAGCGUUUGUAACAGGAAUGUUUAUACAAAUAGCACAGUUUUGAUACGUUGUAAAGUAUUCUCUUGGCAGCUAAAUACUUCUGAGAAAGAUUGGGUGAUGCCAAUGUGUUUCAUUCAUAAAACUGUCUUUGAUAUGCAAUCCUACUAUUGGUUUGUAUGCACAGUCCACCUAGGGACUAACACUAAUGCUUUGAGGUUCUUAUUUGAGCGUGUGCACAUUGACUUGGGUAGUUUUUGCUUUCUUUUCUUUUUAAGUAACUGGCAUAAAAAAGCACAGGUUUGCUAUGGUGGGACUUUUCUCUAUUAUUAGUGCUAUUAUUAAAUUUAGAACAAUAUCAAUGUUUUAAGGAAGGAGCUCAGAAUGCAAAUUCAUGCAGCAUAAGUGUUAUUUAAAACUUUCUCUCUCAGUAUGCUCUGUUGAAAGCAGAAAUUCAAGAUAAUUGAGUUCAAUUUGCCUUUCUACAAUGCUUAUAUAUUUUCCUAAUCAUGAAAUUCUAUCCUAAAAAACAUUUUCUUGUUUGCCUUAGAAAAUAGAUGAAUAACUCCACUGAUUGUGAUAAGAGUGUUGAUUUCUACACAAUGUAAACACCCAAAUGAGAAGAAAAAUGUUAAAUCAGUCGGUUGGAGAAUCGUAUAUAUCUUUUAGGUCCUCCACAUAAAACAACAGAUCAACAGACAUUAAAACCUUUUUAUGUGUUGACUUGCUUUUUCAAAAUGGCCUGCACAGAAGCUCAGGUCAAGAAGGCACAUUGGAGGGAUUUAGGGAUAAAACUCCGGAGAAGAUGUUUGAUCACACACAAAAAUUACAUUGACAGAACACCAAGCAUCCUGAGGAUGACCUGAAAAAUUCUUUGUGCUCAGUUUGAAAAAAAACACAAAAACUCAGUAAUUGAAUCCAUUUUCAUUAUGGCAGUUUUUUAUGUAAAGAAGAAAAUGACUGAGAAUAUGAAAUUUUGUAGGCUUUAAAGAGUGAGAAACCAGUGCCUUAACAUUAAUUACUGUGAAUCCGGCACCACUGGAAGCACACCCUGAAUACCUUUAACAACAUUUUAUAGCAAACACUACGGAUUUUUAUAUUCAAAAAUUAGAAUGCUACACAACAUUAAGGUGCUGUAUGCUUUACAAGUAUAUUCACAGGGUAUUUCAAAUAGCAGACUAUUUUGGCCGAGGGGCUUCCUUUUUCUAAACAAUGCAACCAGUAAGAAUUGACAUGGCAACCAGCUUGACGACAAUCAGGAGAUUAUAGAGAUGUACAUAAUGGGGAUUUUGCUAUUGUGUAAUUGAGUCAUUCUUAAAUCCCCAAAGUCAGGGAAAAUUGUAAAAAGAACCAAAAACACAAAAGAAAAAAAAAAGAAGAGAAAUGAAAAAAAUGAAGCAAGGAAAAGACUUUAGUUCUGCGAACUCACUGUGUAUUGAUAUGUGUAAAAACUGUGUCGCAUGAAUAACAAACUGCUUUGGGCUUGAUUUGAAGUAUUUUGAGUUUAUGUUUUGCAAAUAUUGAAGAUACCAUAACUGCAACAGAAAAGGAGCAGAUACACAGCUUUACACUUAGCAAAAUGUUACAUUUAAAAUCUGACAAGAAGCCAAGAUGGUGACUGUCUCCUCUAAACCAUAAAACAGUAGGAUUCGUGCAGUCCUCCUCUCCCACCUCCUGCAGGAGAAUUAAAUGAAUCAAGACUUUGGAAAGAGGGGGAACAGCCUGGACGUGGCUCUGCUUGAAAUAGGAGGAAUACAGCAGCCUGAACGCACAGACCCUGUAACAGAGCCCACGCAUUUGGCCUGUGCCUUCACGUGACCGCCAUCUGUGCCUCCCUGGCUCCCUCCAAAUUUGUGUAGGCAGCUCCUGGGAGCCAUGCCUAAAAAUAAAGCUACCCCAGGCCCUGGAAACUGUAGUCAGCUAACAGGCCUGACUUUGCUCCUUCCGUGGAUUAAAAGUCUAUAUGAUCUCUCUUGUCCGGCUUCCAGCUCACACAACAAUGUGUUGUUCUGACAGUGAGAACCCCUUCCAUGUGUGUGCUCUCUAUUCAUGUCCAGGACAUCAGAAUCUUUUCUUAUUCUUGUAUUUCCCCUCUUGCAUGCCAUAUAUCUUGAAUAUGUUUAUAGAUUUUUAGUAGAGGGAAGGGUAGAGGGUCAACAAAGGAAAUUCCAAGGGUCAAAGCAAGCAGUAUUUAAAGAUAAUCAGAAAGGAGCUUCAAAGUAAUCCUGAAAAAUCAAUCCUAUCAUAUCAUCAAGUACACCUUGACAUUUCGUAGGGAUUAUCUCUGGACUAUUGCUAUGUAGCCCUAAAUUUCUAUAAAUCAUGUUGGCUCUCAGUUCUCACUCUACUCAAGUUAACUCUACCACGUUUCUAGAUGGAAGCUGUAUGUAUAGUCAGUACAAUGUUUAAAGCAGCUGAUGGCCAAGUAUAUGGACUCAGAGUGGAAGUGUUUAUUUGGAGACUCUGGUUCAGCCUGUGAAAUGAAUACCUUGAUUUGUUGCUUCUGAUUUUCUAAUACCUUAUUAUCUCGAAUAACUAUCCCCUUCAAAAACGUUGCUCUGUACUUUGGUGUCGUGACUUCAUUCUCCUGGCACUGACGAAACGGUGAACAGAAAACACAGUGUUUCCUAUAUGUGUGAGGUGGUUGUUUCUAUAGGUGAUGUGUAUCAUGUAGAUUUUCUUUGUUAAUAAAACUUUCAUAACCUU